CCGCAUCCCCCGGGUGUUUCCUCCUGGCAGUCACUUUUGGGAGAGGAUGGCGUGCCUUGGCUGGCAUCGGGGAUGAGGAAGGCUGUGUGGGAAAGACCACGGCAACCCGGAGGAACCGAAGCAAAGCCACGAGACGAGGCAGGACCCAGCUAGCCCCGGCGGUGGAGACGACCUUGCAAUCUCCAGCAUGAGCAGCCAUGGAGAGCCCAACCCAGCUCCGGCCGUGGAUGAGACCCUCCCGAGCAGAGAACCCCAGGCAGAGGUGAAGGAUCCCAGCCCCACCAACUCCUCGCCGUGGCCAGAAGCCCCCGAGGAGUGUCCAGCCCGCCCCAACACCCUGGACUUCUCCAAGUCCCUGAAGAAGCUGGAGGAGGUGAAGCAGACGGGGCAGAGGCGAAACAGCGACCAUGCGGCGGUGAAGGAGAACGGGGUGGAGGUCAGCCCCGCGGCGGUGGCGGCGGUGAGCGAGGAGAGGCGGGCGCUGGAGUCUGAGCUGGGGAAGUGCAUCGAGGACUUCCGUAAGAUCAAGAUCCCCGUCGCCUUUCCCAACAAGAAGCGGCAGUGGCAGAGCGAGCUGCUGAAGAAAUACCAGUUGUGAGGGAAGACUUCAUCCCUUGUCCGAGGGGAGGAUGUCCUCCGGUAUGUUGAGUGUCUCCACUGAUGUAGCAGGUGGCAGAGGCUGUCCACGCUCCCAAAAUGAGGAGUGUAGGUUGCUCGUUAAGCCCAUCCAGCAUUCGAAAGGGUUACCUUUUGGUAUAAACCCGCGGCAGAGUACUCCUUACCAUGGAAAUCAGGAGGGAUGCAUGAUAUCCCAAGUGGCAUAUGCACAGGUGGAGGGGCACAGAAAAAGGAAGGAG